AUGGGUUUUGGGGCAAUCACAUCGGCCGGCAAGAUGCCCCUGAUUUUCUUGGAGAAAGAGGUCAAGUUGGAUAGCAAGACCUACUUAAAAGGCGGGUUGGAGAAGGAGGUCCAAAGUGGUACAGGACUGGUGUGCAACACACUUCACAGACUUCAUCUCGCCGGACGAUUGGCCCCAAACAGUCCAGGCCCAAAUGCAAUGGAAUACUCCAUGUUGUCAGUUCUUAAGGAGAAAGCCUGCUCCACUAGGCGUAGAAGUUUGGAUGCUCUACGUGCAACCCUCGUUGAAGCAUAG